GCGGCCGACCAGGCCUUUGCUGGCUCUGAUUUCACUGGAGCUAAUUCAGACAGCGUCAUCAGCACAUCACAGCUCGUUAACACUGCUCUUGAGGAGUAUAGCACUGUCCUACUGGCACUGACGGAAAACCACCCCGCUCCGCUACGAAUCUUAAACGCUGUCAUCGCCUCCCCGGUCAGUACAGUUUGCCAACAGGUGAAGGUCCUCGCAGACUUCCUCGUGGAGAUCAUUCGUCUUUGUGUGCAGAGCGAGGAGGCCGACAUGGCAAAGCCAGCUCCGCCCUAUACACCCUCAGCAGUACUUCAAGGCCUCUUAACCUUCUGCAUCAAAUAUCGUGUCGUUCCGCUUGAUCGUGUUUUGCUCUCCCUGGUAUGGCACUCCUAUACGGCGAUUGUUAUUCUUUUGCCUCGUGCAUUAUUUGUCUCAGCCCAUGUCAGUCCUAAAGUAGACUGCAGCUGGACCCCUAACUGA